UUUGGGGGUCGUUGAGUUAGGUGAAACGAUUUCUAAAUGGCAAUUAAGUGAAAGCUAAUCACUAGGUUGGUUUGCAAAACUGCCUUCAUGGGUUGGAAUUCACGUAAACAACGUUUAUAAUUUGGAUUUGUAACUGAACAUUUGAACUAAAAAAAUACUGAAGAUACACCACCAUAUGUCAACGUACCUGAAUGAAAAGUAACAUCAGAGGGCGACUUAGUAGCUCAAUUUGAUUGUAGACGUGACAGGGAUAGCAAGUUUGGAAAGUUACUUUAUGUGGGACAUCUCAUAAGGGAACAGAAGUAUGGUUUCUGAAGCUCUUUUCUUCGUUGGACUUAAUUUGCAGACAUUUAUAUACAAACAGCAAAUAUUGCCAAAAAUAGUGAGUGGGGCAGUCCUUUGGAAGAUGGUCAGUUCCUAUGGGGUUAGGUAUCAGUAAGGGUUUUUGUGGUAACUGUGACAAAUCUGAGAACUGAGCAUGGAUGCAAGCAGUACUGUAUAGUGAGAUGGGAAAGUGUGCUGAUAUCAACUGGCCACCUGCCUUAGAAGAGAGUGUGGAGUACUGCCCAUGGGAAUGUGUUUUAGGUCUUGUAUUGGAAGAGUAACAGGGGAAGAAUGUACCACUCGUAGGUGUGAUCUUGUUUGAGAAACAUGUUAAAGAAUGCAGUAAUCAUCAGCAAGAGUCACAGAGAAGGAAUGUACGUAGAAUGAGAGGUUUUUUAAAUAAAAGUUGUUAGUGUUAUGAAGAUUACAGACAUUUUAGGACAGUCCAGGCUUGCAGAUUUCCUUGUCCAGAAGACAUCAAGUGGGCAUUGGAUGGGCAACAGUAUUUUUCAUCUGUACUUCUAUGUGGUUCUAUUUAAAACAUGAAUGAUGAUGACAGUACUUCUAAGUUUAUGGAUUAACAAGCAGCUCAGCAAAGGAUGUCCAGAGAAGACCAGGAUGUCUUGUGAUGGUGGGAGGGUUUCCGCAUUAUGUGCAGUUCUGCUGGUCCUGUGCUGAUGAGGAGAGAGGAAAUGUCAAGCUAGCUGCAGUGGAGAACAUGCUGUCCAUCUUUUUUUCUGCUGGGGAGGGUGUGUGGCACAGCUAGAAGAAGAGUGGCAUAGCAGGGAGAUGCAGUGCUGCUGCAGAUUCAGGUUUAGAGGAACUAUUGCAACUUCAUGAGAGAGAAAGACAUCAGUGUCUUUUACAAACAAAAAAAAAAGAAUCUCAUAUUCAGUGCACUUUAUUUUAAAUUAUUAUCCCACUCUCUUUUGGUGGGAAUAGCCAUCCCGAGUCAAUGAGGCACAUACAUCCAGAAACCUGUUUGAAAGAGCAAGGCACGAACUCCCUACAGCAGGUGUCUGGCCAUGCUGAGGGUUAUGUUCCUCUCCCAAGCUCUGAAAGUGCAUCUGACUCUCACCCUUUACCUGAAUGCAGACUUCUAAUUGGAUACAAGAGUGAGAGUGAAUCCCAGCAAGUCUACCAACUUUCUAUUUUCUCACAUUCUUCACAAUUCGAGCCUAGAAACAUCAGUGGAGAGUGCUUUAAGAAAGGCUUGUCAGAGUACACUGUAGAGACAAACCAAAAUCUGAAGAAAGUUUUAUUGGAGAGUGCACAUACAUCUAUGCUGAAAAGAGCUAAUAAGAGAACUUAUCAUGAAAGUGACUGUGAAACUUCUGGUGUGUUUUCUUCAAGGGCUUGUGAUCGUACUGAUUUGCACAAAGAUGAAUCUUUAGAAGAGGAGAUGUCAGUCCCUGGUUCUGCUCAACAUUUCUGCCAUAGUGGCUUACAUGUGACUGAACUUGGGUGUGAGAAUCAGCAGAGCUGGGUUGAGGGCAAAGAUAUUAGUAUGCCACAGCUUAAAAGUUCCAGAGACAUAGCUCAAGACAGUGAGCAUCAUGAAGCAGCAUUAUUAAGUCAGCACAUUUCUUGUAGCACUUUGCACAUUAACCAGCAAAAAGAGAGUUUUUCUUCCUGCUUGACAGAAGAGAUGAUACCAUCCAUGAGUCAGCACAUUUUCCUUGGCAGCACAUCUGUUAGAGAGCACAUCUGCAUAGACAGUAAUGGCUGUGGGUUGGCAUCAAGUAAAAAACUAGAUGACACUAGAAAUAAUGUUUGUUCUAAGCAAGGUAUAUUAUUCGGUAAUCAAGCUGACGGUAUGAGAGACUGUAGCUUAAAAGGAGGCAUACUAUCUGCAAAGACUACUUGUACAAGCGUGACAGAAGUUGAUUUUAAUAAAAUUGCACAAAAAAACUUAAUGGAAUUAAGUCUGAACAAAGAUGGAGGCCUGGGACAAUGCAAGAGUGUUGAUGUGGAAAACAUAAGUUUAGGUCUAAGUAGUUCACUGGAAAAUGGGGAAUUGUUAGCAUCUUAUAUUGAAAAAGAAACCUCCACACGAGUUGCGGAAGGAAUGCAUGGUCAGAGUUCAGUAUGCAAUGGAUUAGCUUCCUCAGAAAAGACACCAGUGACCAAUAAGCAGCUUAUUUCCAUUCCUGUAGGCUGCCCAGUGAAACGCAAACUACUCCCUUCUAGCGAUUUGGCUGACUCAUGCUCAGAAGAUGAAGGUCCUUCUCCAGCAAAGAAGAACAGGGUUCAGUUUUCACAGUUAGUCCCUGUUUCUUGUAGAAGCACUGAUGCCAAAGGUGCACCAUUCUGGAACCAUCUGCUGCCGUCUGCAAGAGAAACAGCAAAGAAUUCUAAUGAUUUUACUAGUGUUGGGCGAAGAGUAAAGAGUGGAUUUUGCUACAAAACAAGACAUCGUAGUGCACGCCGAGGAACAUUCAGCAGACCCUCUACAGGGACGUGGGCAGCAGCUACCAUAAGUCAUUCGUUACUAGGAAAUUUUGAGGAAUCCAUUUUAAAAGGGAGGUUUCCACCAUCUGGCAGAAUUGAGGGGUUUACGGCAGAGAUAGGAGCUAGUGGAUCCUACUGUCCUCCGCAUGCAACAUUACCUGUGGAAGUUACCUAUUUUGACAUAGCUGAACACACUGCACCUUCUCCGUUCUUGGGAGUAAUCAGUUUGGAGUCUCUAGGGAGAAAAGGUUAUAGUGUACCCAAAACUGGAACCAUUCAAGUGACCUUAUUCAACCCAAAUAAAACUGUGGUAAAGAUGUUUCUUAUGACAUACGACUUCAAGGAUAUGCCUCAGAACCAUGUGACCUUCCUGCGUCACAGAAUUUUUUUAGUGCCAGUGGAGGAGAAUGAAGGUGGAACGUCAGGCCAUCAGAACCAAAUUGACUGUACAGUACAGAAGAAACGAAUACUCUGCUAUUUGAUGCAUCUAAGGUUUCAGAGCUCAAAGUCGGGGAAGAUCUACCUUCACAAAGACAUCAGACUGCUGUUUUCUCGAAAGUCAAUCGAGAUAGACACAGGAAUCCCAUAUGAACUGAAGUCAUUCACAGAGAUACCCAAGAACCCCAAGUAUUCCCCUCGACUUUAAAAAGGACUCUUGUAACAUGUUACACAGUAGCAGACAUGUGACAUACCUCUUUGCCUCUAGCAUGCAGUCCUGAAUGGUAGGAUCAUCAUUUCAGAGGAACGUGAGAAGACUGAAGUACUGCCCACUGUUAGGAUACUUUGCCUAGUACCUGAUCUCUGCGUUUCCAGCAGAGUUUAGAGUGCUAUAUUUUCUUCUCAUUUGGUGUGAAACAAGAGGUUACAUUUUGAUGAGUCCAGCCAAAGGUCUUAUUCUCUUACACAUUGUUAAUUAUAAUGGUGGUACCAUCCUUCCAGAGAAAAGUGCACUUUUGGUUGUAGUUUCUGCAGUUGUAAUGAGAUUUUUUUGUGUGUGUUGCUGUUGCUUUAUAACAGGCAGCUCAGUUUGAUUUUAAAGAAAACUUUUUUUGCAAUAUAAUUAGUCCAUAAAGGAGGGGACAUUACUUUUUAGAGAGGAGUUGAGGCAGGUUUCCUCAGAAUGGGAAGAUGAUUAGAAGAAAGUACCUAACCCAUCUGAUUUGGCCUAUUUCCUGUCACUUCUUAAGACUCAGGAAGCAUCGCAUUUUAUAGCACUGAUAGGCAGUCAUUUAUCAGACUAUUUUGUGGUUAUUUUUAUUGCCCUGUAAGAGGAGGGAUUAUUGCAUUGGCAGAUAUUUCUACCUGCCAUUUGAAAUAAAAACUGUUAAAAAGAUGGCUUUACAGAUAUUGUUAAUGUAGUCUGUGACUGAAAUGUGUGUUCAUUGCAAACCCAGUUUUUGCUCAUUGGUAAUCUUCUCACUGUGUAAGCUAGCAAAACAAAUUUAAGGAAAGUAUCCUUUGCCCCAUGAAAAUGUUAAAGCAUUUAGCUAAUAGGGCAAUGCCAUUUAAAACAUUUGUAAACAUUCUUAUCUAAUUGAUUUUUGCCUGGUGCCUUUCCUAUAGGUAUAUUGUGACAGUUUAUAGCUGGCACAUACUUGUGCUGAGUAGUCCAUUAGCAUUUGGAGUGAAAUUUAAAGGCAUACGUUCCUCACCUUGUCAAUCAGUCAGUGUUUUUUUUCCUCACACAGUCUACCGACCAUACGAAGCUACAGGCUUUGUUCUUUGAUGUUACGUACCAUUCCUCAUGUCAGUAUUGUCUUCAUGUGUUAGUCUGUGGUGGGACCAAGGGAGUGACUGCAUUUUCCCCAGGAUGCCCUACAGUUUUGAAAAGGGAAGACUGUGUGCAUAUGCAACUAAGUUGUGCACUGUAAUUAUUUGUUUUUAAUUUUUCUCACAUAAUUGACUAAUUCUGUUUCUUUGAAUAUUGGAAUAUUAUGCAGUUCACCACAAUUUCCCCUCAGCAUUUCUGCUUGUCGACCAUUCGUAGCUUACCCUCAGUCUGCCUGAGGAGUUGGCCUUCCUUCGUCAAGCAGUGCAGCCGUAAUGGCAGCAAGAAAGGCUUUUGUGUAACUCUCACAGCAUUUUAUCCUUAGUCUGACCCUGGACCUAGACUUUUUCCAAGCACUGUGGCCUUAGUGUCAGUGAAGAGGUUUUGUGUAGCUUGCACCAUCAUAGAUUAGUAAUUCUGAGAACUGCAGUGGUCUGUGUGGUUGGUGUAGCUUUUAUUGAGACUGAUUAUGGUAACUUCUGUUUAUUUUUGUUUCACUGCUUUAGAAGAAGGAAUAUGCAGUCCACUGAAUAUCAUCAGUGAAGUAUCCCUGUUCCAUUGGCUCACCAUUCUUUUGAAGCAAAACUUCCCUCCAUUUGUUUAGUCUUUACAUUUUAGGCAGGUUCUUUUGCAAAUUAGGUCUUUUUCUAAGCUGAAACUGCAAGUAUAACAAACAAAAAUGUAGUCACUGUGACAGCUGAGAGCUGACCAACCUCAAGCCAUCAGUGUGCAGGAAAAACAGAUCUCUCCCUAAGGAGUAUGUCACAGUAACAUUUUCAGCUGUGCUUGUGCACUUUGUACCUUAAUGGUGUGCAUUUCAUUCCAUAGAGUAUGUCUGCCAGAGUUGUCAGCCAUUUUCUGUUGUAGUGGUGAAGAUUCACCUCCAUCUUCCAGGAAAGAAGUGUAUGCUAGUAAUAUUUAUUUCUGUUUUCCAUCCAUCUCCUGUUUCUGUCACAUAACUGUUUUUGUUUUAAUUCUCAUCUCAGAGGGAUUUAAUCCCAGGCUUUAUCCCUGUCUUUCUGUUGGUGAACCAUUUGUGCUUGCCUGUACUGGCAGUACAUCCCAGCAGCUGUGUGACCAGGUGUGUUGCAAUUUAAGAUUAAAUGUGGCAUUAGCAAAUUGCCUUCAGAUAUUGCAUCAGUCCAUUUUCAUUGUUUGUUUGGCAAAAUGUUUUAAAAGUGUCAUCCAGUAAUUCCUAUCUGUAAAUGUGUUGUGCAUCAUUUAACAUGUUUCUUACCAUACUUUGAUAUGAAGAUGUGCCUCAAAAAUCCUUCUGUUCCUUAGAACUGCACUGAAAGACUGGUCCAGUUUGUAGUGAGACAUUAAUAUAUGUUUUCUGCCUUAAUAUUUGGCAUAUAAAUUGGGUUGUCUUGAUCCACCACUCCAUCCUUUGGAGGAAAGAGGAGGAAGACACGUAAUUGCACUAAGUAGUGGGGCAGCAGCUCUGUUCCAAAACAAGUUUAAUGUUGCAAGUGACCAUCGCAAGAAAAUAUUCCCAACUUUCCUGCCACUGAAGGAACACUAGAUGUGUGACUAUAGAAGGUGGCAUUUAGACAAAAAUAGUGUGCCAGCAUUAUUAAUGGGUAUUGAAGUGAGCAGAGGCAGAAAUGCAAGCUUCUUGCAGCCAUGGGUGCUCAGUACAGGGCUGCCAAAGCAUUAUUAUUCUGUACCUCACCAUUGUCCUAGUACAGACAGACUGAUAGACAUAAUGACGUUGAUUUUGUUUUUUGUCUCCCAUUGUUUAUUUCUUGAUUGUGUGUGUUACAUGGGGAUGACCAACAAAAUUAUAGCAUUUCUGCAUAGGGAUGCUGCUUCCUGUGCUGUAUAGUCAGAUGGGGAUGUCUGGGCUGAGACUGUAAUUGGUCCACUGGGAUCAGUGCCCUAUCCCAGUUGCAAACUGUGUAGAUAAAUAAAUACAAUAACUUUAAAGGGUGAGAGAUCCAGUACAUUUUACAAAGUUAUGCAUCAGGUAAGCGGUGCUAACUAUGGACCUGAAGAAGAACAUCCUGGCUUCUGUUUUCAGUGUUGUGUUAGAUGACAGUGCCUCCUGGCCAUGUACGGUAAUGAAUGUUAGCAAAGGACUGUAUCCCAGUUUAUGUAAUGUGCUUCUGAGGCAUCCUAGACAAUAAAAGGUAUGACUGUUGCUAUGCAACUUGCAUAAUAGUGUGGCAGUGAACUCAAGAAACUAUUUAGUUGUCUAGGUACAAUUUUUUUAUGUGAAGAGUGACAUUAUUGUAACACAAACAAAGCACAGCCUUUUCUGAAGACAUAUGUACACUUCUUUUAAAUAUAACAAUAUGUGUAUGGAUGUAUGUGUGCUUACAGUGUUUAUUUGAUCCACUGCAUCUGACUAAAAUUGGUUACACAGGAAAUGUAAUCUCCAUUCUAUGAUUAGAUUCAGACUGUUAAUUACAGAAGCACUGACUGAAGUGUGUAUGUGUGUUCUUCAUUUUUGGAGUGAACGGGAAAACCGAUGUACAAAGUACCAGUGUACACAUGGUUGAGAACAAAAUGCUGAAACCUAGUCUGUGUGUCUUCCGUUGGUCUUCAUGGCUUUUCACCAAAAGCUGUGUGUUUCUCCUGUUUCCCAAGGAGAUGUGGAUAGGUGAUCUGACCUUUAGGUAUGUAUAUUUGUGUCCUGUGAUGGGAUGGAAUCCAAACUUACCAGGACUGGUUCCUGCAUUAUGUUCAUUGCUUGCCCGAAUUUGAUAUAUCAGGUAUUAAAAUGGAUAAAUGUUGACUUUUUUGUGUUGUAAUUGAUAUUAAAUAAGUAGGUAUGUGUCAAGAGGAGCAGUACACUUCUCAUCCCCCACCUUUAAAAAAUGGUUGUCAGCAUUUGAUUUCCAACACUUUGUAGUGACAGUGGUCCACUCAUACCUUUUCAUAUGGAGCUCACCUGCUGUAUUAGCAUGUUGUUCAUUAGUCUUACAGUCUCAUAGGUAAGUUCUAGUUAAUGGUGGAACUCUUGGUUAGUUGUUCACUUUAUUGAGUACUUCCAUACUUUAUUUUGUUACCACCUUCACUAAGGUGAUGUCAGAGGAGAAACAGUAUGCCUUUUAUAAGUCUGAAUAGCUAACAGCUCAUAGUCAGGAUAUUUUAUCUGAAAUUUGAGUCUGCCUGGCUUCACUGUGUGCUUCCAUUAGUAAAGGAAGAGAACAUGCAAGAGGGAGGGUGGCAAUAAGGAAACAUUUGCAAUCAGUACCUGAAAUGACUCAGCUUUAAUACUAGAAGUUUGUUUCAGCAGUAUACCCCAAGUUGUGCCUGCUUGCCUGCCUUAUUUUGAGUGUUAGUAGUGUGUGUGUGUGUGUGUGUGUGUGUGUGUGUGUGUGUGUGUGUGUGUGUGUGUGUGUGUGUGUGUGUGUGUGUGUGACAGAGAAAAUAAGCAUGAGAAUGACUGUCAGAUACGGGAGAAGUUGGUAAUGGUAUAUAACUUUAAGCAUCAUUUGAUGCUUGCAUUAGAUAGCACUAGUUUAUUUUAGUCUUCCUAGCUGAGCUAAGGGAAUUGAUCAAACCCCUACUCUUCCCAGGUAGCAAACACAAAUUAAGCUUUUGCCUUAUUAGUCCAUACAAAUUACUUGAGUUCCUGAGAGAGUAUGGAGCUCAUAAAUAUGGGUUCAGAUUUCACAACUUGUUCUUCAGCCCUAAGCUUUUUAAUCCAUUAUUACAAAUCCCAGAUUUUACAGUCCAUUAUUAAAGAUUUUGUUUGCUGUAUUGAGGUCCCCAUGUAUUUUUUGCUGCUGGAACAGAGGUGAUUUCUGUUACUAGCUCUGCUUUUUAGAUGUUUUUCUGUAUAUUGGGAGGUUUAUUAGUAUUCAUUUUGGGAGACUUCUUUUAGUUGCAGUUUUUUGUAUUUUCCCCUAGCCAGCUUCUAGUUCACAAAAGGGUGUUAUAAUAGCACACACACAUUUUAUCCAAAUGCAGUUUAUUGGAGGGUAAUGCCACUGUAUCCACAUUUAUUUAUUUAUUUAUGCUUUUUUGUCUUUAGUGAUGAUCUAUUGUGCUGUUUAGUUUUUUUUUUGCAGAGCUUAAUAUCAGGAUUUGGUCUGUUCCAGUCACUCAUUCUGCAUGCCAUUUGCUAUCACCAGCUGAUCUGUUUAAUAUUAUGGUGGUGGUUAACAUGGUAACAAAAUCACAACAUUACUUAAAUUUGCUCCACAAAGGGGGCAGAAAAUAGGCUGCUUUUCUGUUAUUAUCAUAAAUAAAGUUCAUGUUGUUUAAAGAUCUUUUUAUUUGUUGUGCUUAGGAUGUUUGACAAGUAUUAACUAAGUAUAAAAAGCAACCUCAUUACUUGAAUAUGUUUGUCUGCCCUUAGUAAGUAGUUAGGUACAUUUAUUUAUUUUUAAAGGUUUAUCUUUACUGUUUCAGUUUGUAUACUGCUGUUUAACUGAUUCUGUGAUUUUGACAGUCCACCUGCAGAAUGUGUACUGAAUAGUGAUGACACUUUAAUCUGGGAAGUAAGAUCAUCUAGACAUUAAUUUUGUGUUUCCUUAAAUAAUAAUAAAAAAAAUUACAAUUGAAUGAAUUCAUCAUUCUUACUGAAAACAGAGGACUAACAUUUCAUUAAAACAAAAUAACCAGAUUAUUUGCAUUCUUUUUAGUAAAAGGAAAAUAUGCCUAGGCUGUUAUUUGGCUGCUUUGCUACUUUUGAGGAAUGAGGAAACCUGUAUCCUGUUCCUGCUGUUGACUUGAAAUUAAUAGUAAAGCAGACUAACCCCAAGGGGCCAAAUAUGUUUGUGCCAUAACAUAACUGUAUGACUUCUACAGGACAUCAUCUCCAAAGUGGGGCCUAUCUAUGGUUUUGUGGAUGGUCUCUUCAUCAGUACUAGUGCCUUGACAUUUUAUUGUCCCGCAUCACAAAGCUUAUAAGAAGAUAUGGAGGUAGCUAAUAAACCCUGCAGUAAGGAUAGAUAUUAUGAUGUACUACAUCUAAUGGUGCAGAAUUUGAGUAGCUUCUGCUUUGUAAUCUUUUAGCGCCUCCUCUUGACCAGCUUUGACUAGGUUGUAGCUUUUCUCUGAGAAUACUGAAUGUUGCAGUAAAGCAGAGACAAAAACAAAUAGGAUCAUGUGCAGUAUGAAAGCAAAUAAAGAUGACCUGAAAGCCAAUAAAGAUGACCCUAGGUAAAAUAAGAUAAUGUGUCACAGAAUGAAAUUAAUGAGUACUUGUUGAAUCUUUCCAGCUUCAUUCAUCUAUUACCAGUUACGAAGCUCAGUGGGUAUCAUUCAUGUUCGCGUUUUGGUUUUAUUUUUCUACAGUGUUGUGUGGCAAUAUUUCAUUCAGUGUGGUGACAAGCCCCUGUACUGCAUAUAAAUACAGAAUACAUUCAGCAGCAGAGAGAUUAUAUGCAGAGAUAAUGUAUUAAAACAGCCUUGCAGCUCAAACAAUUUCAGUAUUUAUUAUGCAGUACCUGUACUUUUUGAAGAGUAUGUCUAAUACAUCCCAUUAAAUAAUUUUGGGCUUCCCGCUGAACUUGGACUGUCAUGUUCCUAAAAGGGUGUCAAGACAUUCCAUUCUUUAAAACGUAAGUACAUUAACAUAACAACAGCAUUUUUGUCCCUUAAUAGGCCAUAUUUUUGAUCAUUUUGCUGAGGUAUUUCUUUCAUAAUGAGGCUUGUCAUGCAAGUCACAAAUAAGAAUCAUGAGUGAAGCUGGGUAGAAGAACCGUAUCAUUAGGUGAUGAAUGCUAAGGGACACAGCCUACUUUCUUUUAGGUUUUAUUAGCAAUAAAGAGUGCAUGUCUGUAAGAUAUGUAUAGCUUGGAAUAAUACUACUGAAAUUGCUGCUAUCCCAUGUUGUUUUUUUCUACUUUUAUUAAGUGUCCCUCUUUGAAGUUGGUUCCUUCUUACCCUUCUUCUGUUCUAUAAUUUGCAUUGUGACAUCACCAGCCUUGCUUUCCCACACACAACUGCAUUUGCAUUGUCAGUUUGGCUUUCUGAUUCCUGUAUAUGUGAUACAAAACUGAUCUAGAUGAACAUAACAAAUUUGUUGUAACUUGACUGAACAUGUUUAGUUUUGACCUAGAGCCUUGCAUUUUCCCAGCAUUUCAAUUUUAUUUUCAGAUUUGUUAGCUUAUGUUUCCUAUUCAUAUCAUUGGUAAUCCAGUUUGGAAUUUUUGCACUAGAAUCAAGGAUUGAGUUUUGCAACAGGUCUGUUUUUUUUGUUUAUUCCCUGCUGCCUUCCAGAUAUCAUCCCUCUCACAGGCAGUUAGGCCAUUUGUUUCUCCUUUCUUCCCUCCCAUGCAGCCAGCCAUCAUCUUAUCCUGGUUCCCCCAUCCUAUGGCCCUGAUCUUUCUCCCAGAUGUGCCAGUGAGGAUCAUUAGGGUGUCACAGAACCACACAACAUCCUUGCAGCUAUGGGGAAUCGUAGUGAUCUACCCUCAUUUCCCUACUCCCCUCUACUCGUUUGUUAUAUCUGAGGCUACUCCCUCAGAUAUAACUUUUAGACGAUUGCCUCCUCACUGGGAUGGGCACUCCCAACUCUCCCCGCCCACUCCUUGAACACCUGAGCCAUUAAUAAAAUCUAAGUUACCUGGACAGUAGUUAGGGCUUUAUCCCCCUACUCCAUGGUGUUGACUGUUCAUCCUUUCUUCUUCUUUUUUUUUUCUUUUUCUUCUUCCUUUCUUCUUGAGGGAAAGUGCCAGCAAUGGGAGACCAUCAUCCUUUUAGUCAUGAAGGGCUUUCUGAUGAUGCAGAACUCCCGAUGUCCAGUGGCUGACAUGUGCACUCACUUAAUCAAGGGCCCUGCAGUGUCUUCUGCCUAGUCAGAGGAUGUACAUGUUUCCCUACAUGCCCUCCCAAGGGGACUAGAACAUUAUGCAGCUUGGCAGGCGCCAAGCAAACAUCCAUGAUCAAAAUGCCAUAUGUCUUUCUUGUGUCUGUCUGCACGAUGUGGUGUUGCAGCAUACCAGACUGUUUCCUUCCACCCAGAGAUGGGAGAGUUGAUGUGUACUACUCAUUUUCACCUCUACCCUACUCCUGUAGUAUCCAAGCUGCCAUCUGAACUCUGGUCAUCUGGUUUGCAGUCAGGCACCAUCCCUCUGCACGAGGUCUACUUUUUUAUAGCUCUAGAGGAUCAGUCUUUGAAUUCCUGAGAGAUAUUCAGUUUGCUCCCUUAAUUUCAGAUCCCUGCUGAUUUUCUGACAGUGACUGCUAUUCAGAGAUCAUGCUUCUGAUCCCUCACAUGAAUGCAGAGUACUUGACAUGUUUGAUAGCCAUCCUGUAGAGGAAAGCUUUCUUUGCCAUUCGGAGAGGAAAGAAAUGCUUUGUUAAUGUUAAAACUUUCUCUGCACCUUUGUAGUGUUCACCAGCUCCCCCUCUGAGAGGCAUUUCACUGGAGUCAGACCUGUGGUAGCACUCAAUCUGUGCUGGUCACAUGUGCCAAAAUAAGAAUGUUUUAAUAUAUUGUGUUUAAUGACAGAACUGUUCUCUGUGAUACAAGAUGAUGAAUGACAUUAGAGAAUGUUAAGAAAGAUGGAGAAAUGUAAAUAGAAGAAGCAAACAUUGACUUUUCAUGUUGUUAGAAUGUUUCAAACAUUUCAGAUAUUCUGUUUGUAUGUAGGUGCAUUCCUGAGUUUGAGUCAGAAUAAUAAAUAAUAGAAAGGUAAUCUUUAGUUUGCAUUUAUGUAAUGAACUUGGUAUUUGGAAUGUGCGUUAAAUUCAGAAACCAAGAAGGGAACUCUGUUAUGUUUGACAUUCUUCCUGUUGUACAGAAUCAUAAUGGCAGAUGUAGAAACGUGAAACUCAGUAAAGUUUGUACCUUUUUAAAGUGAGUAAAAAUGUUUGCCUCAAAA